AUGGAUGGGUUUAAUACCGAAGCGUUCACUUUGUUGGGAGUCGCCAUUGUCAUCAUUGCCCUACGAACAACCGCAAGAUGGAUUAUGGUUGGCCCAAAAGGCUUCCAAGCUGAUGAUUAUCUAAUGCUGGUGGCAUGCGUGGUGUAUGGGCUAGAAACCGGUGCUGCGUACAUGGUCAGCGCCUGGUUUAAAGGUCUUGCCAAUAACUCGAUGACGGAUGAACAGCGGCAACAAUUAUCGCCCAAUUCGGAAGAAUAUCGUCUGCGUGUGGGUGGUUCUAAGGUCCAGGUGGCCGGCUGGUCAUUGUACACUCUUUUAUUGUGGUUGCUGAAAACAUGCAUGGCUAUUUUCUACUCUCGAUUGACCGCAGGCUUAGUGAAUAUGCGAGUCCGAAUCUAUCUAGCCUACGGUCUGAUCACCACCACUUACAUCGCUACGAUCUGCUCGAUUCUCUUUGGAUGCCAUCCAAUGGACAAAAAUUGGCAAAUCUAUCCAAACCCCGGGAGUACGUCAUCCAAUCUCGAAGGAUUCUCAUCUGGAGAGCCUGUUUUAUCUGAUUAUUCGUUAGAUCAUUGUCAGCCGGCGGUGUCCAAGAUUGACGUCUAUGUGACCGUGGUACUCAACGUUGCGACCGACCUUUAUCUCAUCAGUAUCCCAGCUCCGAUGCUUGUCAAGGCGCGACUAAAAUGGCGUGAAAAACUCGAGCUCCUGGUUCUUUUUAGUGGUGGGUUGUUUGUAAUGAUGGCUGGUAUCCUGCGUUGUGUUCUCAUUUUGACGGCUGGCGCAAAUGGAGCUCAACAAGCUGGCAGCUGGGCUUGCCGCGAAACUUUCGUUGCCGUCGUCAUCGGAAAUAUUCCCAUGAUAUACCCGUUGAUUAGACGAUUCACAAGACGGGCGGGUCUAUAUAUUUCAUCACGAGGGGACUCAGAGAGCUACCCUGGGUAUCCUCUAUCCGAUGUCGACACUAGUGGCGGGUAUUCCAGACGCAAGAAGUUCCUCCAUCCACUGUCAAUUCCCACAGACACUCUAUGGAAUACGAUCAGCGAUGAGCAACUGAUCUUCCCUACCUCACGACAACAACCCCCAACAUGCACUGCAGGCAACGGCGACUGGGAUUCCCAUAGCCAGGGUACCCAGGGUGGAAUAAAGGUUGUCCAUGAAACAAUUGUUCAUCGCACCGAGAAGUCUCCUCGAUUAUAG